UUCAUUUUCAAUAUUAAAAUUAUUGCCACAAUUUCACGCAUUUGUGGCUGUCACGGCGGAAGUUGAUUGGGCCUAGAGCGUCAGAGGACCCAACUCCAAGGUCUAGGAAGCAAGCAAUCUGUUGCUGCUGACCUCCGGUUUGCAGGUGAUCCAUCCACCGACGAACAACCAAUACCUAUAUCUCCCUCUCUCUCUCUCGACCAUUUUCCAUCUGAGGCUUGUCGUUUCCAAUGGCCUUCACGUACCGUGAUCGGACCUCGGAGUUCCGAUCACUCUCGGAGACCCUCCAGAAAAUCGGAGGAAUCAAAGCCGUUCAUCAACCUCAGAAUGUCUCAUCUCCGUCCAAACCUCCGGGACCCGCCUCUUCUGGAUCCGAAUUCAACAAGAAGGCUUCCCGAAUCGGGUUGGGGAUACAGGAAACCUCUCAGAAGAUCUCAAGGCUUACCCAGUUGGCAAAGAGGUCGUCUAUGUUUGAUGAUCCGAUAAUGGAAAUUCAGGAAUUAACUGUUUUAGUAAAGAAUGACAUUACAGCACUGAAUGUGGCUCUUACCGAUUUGCAAACCAUUCAAAGCAUGGAAAUAGCUGAUGGAAGUUAUUCCCAGGACAAAGUUGUUCAUUCAACAGCCGUCUGUGAUGACUUGAAAAGCAAACUUAUGAGGGCUACCAAACAGCUCCAAGAUGUAUUAACCACUAGAACAGAGAAUAUCAAGGCUCACGAGAAUAGGAAACAGAUAUUUUCUACAAAUGCAUCAAGAGAUAACCCUUUCCGGCAACCUGCAAAAAGUGUGACCGAACCUGCUCCCUGGUCAACUACAACUAGUGCACCUGGAAAUUUGCAACCGUCACCAUUGCCAUCAAAUGAAGUUCAAGCUGGCAGCCAACUGAGACGAAGGUUAGCUGUGGAUAACCCUCCAUCGCAGCAAAUGGAAAUGUCCAUGUUACAGCAGGUAGUUCCAAGGCAAGAAAAUUAUACACAAAGCCGGGCUGUUGCUCUACACAAUGUAGAAUCUACAAUUUCCGAAUUGAGUGGCAUCUUUACACAUUUGGCUACAAUGGUUGCACAGCAAGGGGAACUGGCUAUCAGGAUUGAUGACAACAUGGAAGAAUCACUGGCAAAUGUUGAGGGAGCACACAACGCUUUACUAAGGAAUCUCAACCGAAUAUCAUCAAAUAGGUGGCUUAUAAUCAAGAUAUUUGCCAUUUUGGUAUUUUUCUUGAUUGUCUUCAUCUUCUUUGUGGCUUAAAUUUUGGUAUCGAAAACCCAGCAGUAGAAUUCUUGCUGCAUGGUGUAUUCAGGCUUCUUCCUCCCCAAAGCUGAUCAUUGAAAGUAGAAAAGGGUUCUUUGUUCUGUAUAUUUAAUGGGCAUGCCCAUUUUUCAGUUCUCAAGUAUUAGCAUUCUUUAUAGCAUGCGUAUGUUUGCCUGCGUGAUAAAUUGAUAUGAAGCUCUGGUUGUCUUC